GCCUCGUGCGCGCGGCCGCGGGGUCAAAGGUGGCGAAGAUGGCGGCGGCCUUGGGGGAGGAGGAGCUGGACAAUGAGGACUAUUACUCGCUGCUGAACGUGCGGAGGGAGGCCUCUCCCGAAGAGCUAAAAGCUGCCUACCGCAGGCUGUGCAUGCUGUACCAUCCAGACAAGCACCGAGACCCCGAGCUCAAAUCGCAAGCCGAGCAGCUGUUUAACCUUGUUCACCAGGCUUAUGAAGUGCUCAGUGACCCCCAAACCAGGGCCAUCUACGAUAUAUAUGGGAGGAGGGGCCUGGAAAUGGAAGGAUGGGAGGUUGUGGAAAGGAGGCGAACCCCAGCUGAAAUUAGAGAGGAAUUUGAGCGGCUGCAGAGAGAGAGGGAAGAGAGGAGGCUGCAGCAGCGAACGAACCCCAAGGGAACCAUCAGUGUUGGAGUAGAUGCCACUGACCUUUUUGAUCGCUACGACGAGGAAUACGAAGAUGUCCCGGGAAGCGGCUUCCCCCAGAUUGAAAUUAACAAAAUGCACAUCUCCCAGUCAAUUGAGGCCCCCCUGACGGCGACAGACACGGCCAUCCUUUCUGGAAGCCUCUCGACUCAGAAUGGAAAUGGAGGCGGAUCGAUUAACUUUGCUCUCAGGAGGGUGACCUCUGCUAAGGGUUGGGGAGAGUUAGAAUUUGGAGCUGGAGACCUUCAGGGGCCUCUCUUUGGCCUGAAGCUGUUCCGUAAUCUUACGCCACGAUGUUUCGUGACGACCAACUGCGCCCUGCAGUUUUCAUCGCGGGGCAUCCGGCCCGGCCUCACCACCGUGCUGGCCCGGAACCUGGACAAGAACACCAUGGGCUACCUGCAGUGGCGGUGGGGCAUCCAGUCCGCCAUGAACACCAGCAUCGUCCGGGACACGAAAACCAGCCACUUCACCGUGGCCUUUCAGCUCGGGAUCCCCCACUCCUUCGCAAUGAUCAGCUACCAGCACAAAUUCCAGGAUGACGACCAGACCCGGGUGAAAGGUUCCCUGAAGGCCGGCUUUUUCGGGACGGUGGUGGAAUACGGAGCAGAGAGGAAGAUUUCCAGGCACAGUGUUUUGGGAGCGACCGUCAGCGUGGGCGUUCCGCAGGGAGUGUCUCUCAAAAUCAAGCUCAACAGGGCCAGCCAGACGUACUUCUUCCCCAUCCACCUGACGGAUCAGCUCCUGCCCAGCGCCGUGUUUUAUGCCACCGUGGGACCCUUGGUGGUCUACUUCGCCAUGCACCGCCUGGUCAUCCGACCCUACCUCAGGGCUCAGAAAGAGAAGGAGUUGGAGAAGCAAAGGGAAAGCACCGCCACGGACAUUCUCCAGAAGAAGCAGGAGGCCGAGGCUGCGGUUCGGCUAAUGCAGGAAUCCGUCCGAAGGAUCAUUGAGGCAGAAGAGUCGAGAAUGGGGCUGAUCAUCGUGAACGCCUGGUACGGGAAGUUCGUCAAUGACAAGAGCCGGAAGAACGAGAAAGUGAAGGUGAUCGACGUGACGGUCCCCCUUCAGUGCCUGGUGAAAGACUCGAAGCUCAUCCUCACGGAAGCCCCCAAGGCCGGCCUGCCCGGGUUCUACGAUCCUUGCGUGGGUGAAGAAAAGAGCCUGAAGGUCCUCUACCAGUUCCGAGGAGUUCUGCACCAGGUGAUGUCAGCUGACAGUGAGGCCCUUAGGAUACCAAAGCAAUCACACAGGGUGGACGCAGACGGAUAAAGGUCCGGAGGAAACAAGGGGUCGGGAUUUCACUCCCCAGAAGCCGCCAAGCCUCUUCGCUUGGGAGUCGAUGAGUUCGGAAACAGAGCAAGAGAAGCCCAACAGAUGUUUUUAUUUUAUAUUAUUCCCGUAGAAGGUGGUAUCUUUACCGGUUCCGCGAAGGGACGCACAAACCCCGCCUGCCCCGGCUUUCUUGGGGACUGCGGCGUCACGGCGACGACUGCCCCGGACCAGAGCCGUACGGCCGACGGUCGUCCGGCCUCUUGAGGAUCACCCCCGAUGGAGAGGGGGCCGUGGGGGUGACGUGGGACAUCCCGGGCUCGCUGGCUUCCGAGAGUCACUUUUCCCGAGGACCAGACUGAAAAUGAAAUCCACAGCCAGGAGAUCAGAGAGUCUCUUCUCUUGCCCCGCUUCUAGGAUCGAGAGCACGAGCCCCUCCCCGCAGCCCCUCCAUUUCCCGUUGGCGUGGUUUCUGGGACGUAGGUUCGAAGUGGUUUCUGGAUCCCCGAUGUGCCAGCCCUACCGUGACGGGGGGGAUCGGUGGGCUCGGAAGGCCCUGUCUGCUUUUCCCGUCCCCGGGGGGGAGGGGCACUCAGAGCGCACCUUCCCCCCGCAUCUGUCCUCGGAGCCGCCACCGCCGGGGCAACCGGAGCCCUGUGAAAGCCCACGCCUCUCGCCAGCGGCGCGGGGGAGAGCGGGGCCGACCCCGGUCCGGAGAUCGCCUCCCCGGCCCGCUGAGGGAGGAGGCGUUGGGUGGGCGGGGAGCGGGUCCCGAGGAGCGGGUGAGGGGGAAAGAGCCGAGACGAUGUUUUGGGGAUGUGCCAAAGUGGGGGGGUGGAGGAAAUCCCACGGUCACUCCGCCUAACCUCUGAAAGGGGCAGGAGGUGAACCAAGCCUGUCCGGGCCCUUGCUGGGCUGACAGACAUCCAGGAGAUGGCACUGCCGCUCCUCCCUGUAGGUGGCACAGGGUCCGGCGCUCCCCUCCCUCACCCCACCCCGUCCCGGAGACGCAAAGGUACUAGAUGGGAUCGGCCACUGUACACUUGAAAAGCCUGGCAGAUUGCCGCAGUAAACAAUCACCUGACACGCAAACGGGCCUCUCGUCUCGGUCGCGAAACGGCGUCGUCCGUUGCCUCCCCCCGGGCCCCGCCGCCCUCCCGACGGAUGCGGUCGCCUCAGCGUGAAUCCGGAUCGCCACUCCCGGAGAGCGCCGAGACGCCCGGUCCCCUUCCCGUGCCCUCCGACUCCUCGGCCCCGGGGAUCGGACUAAUCGGGAAUAGCCCCUUCCUUCAUCCCAGGCUCCGUUACCGUCGCGGCGGCGGGAGUUCGGCUAGGUCCGCCUCCGCCGCGAGACCGUCCCUCCGACCCGGAGCUCCGACUGUCGGUCGCGCGAUAAACCUCGUGCCGACCGUACGGCCGGUUUCGACAGCCGGGGGAUCCCGGGACCUCCGACGGCUCCUCCGGGCGUCGGUCGUGUCGGGAGCCGGUUCUACGGGAGACGCCGUGUUGGCGUAAUAAACCCUUUCGGAAAGCCGGG